GGAUUUAAAACAAGAAAAACUGAACGGGGUCUUCUUUAGCACAAAAAACGAGCUGAAGAAAUGAUCGCCGAUAACUCAACCGUAACACUUCUAUGCUCUAAGUUACUCAUCACAAGAACAGAGGCCGGCCUCCGAUGGCUAAUCGGAUCGCCGUUCUUCCCCAAAUUCACAGUCAUCUCCACUUUCAGAUGCAUCCACCACACGUCCAAUGCCGCUCUCUCUCCAGAUUACCUCAAAGAAUCAGAAGAUAUUCGAGCAUUAUUAUUGAAAGGAUUCCACGUGAUUGGAGCGUUAAUAGUUACUAAAACCUCUGAUUUGGAGCAAACCGCUCGUGAAGCGAUUAACAGAGCUUGUGAAUUGAGGAAAUUACUCUCUGAUGAGACGGAAGCAGGAGUGGAGAAGGAAGCUGUGAUUGGAGCGGUUGCUGAUUUGGAUAGUGAUGAUGUUAAAUUUUUCGCCUCGACGAGCUCGAAUUCAGCCGGCAUUGAGUCUAUUAAUUCUGUUGUUUAUGAAGAUAAUCCUGAUAAGUUCAUCUGGGAGAGAGGCUGUUUGAUUCGGUGUCGGCUUCCGAUUAAAUUACCGUUAUGUGUUCCUGUAGAUAAUCCGCCUGAUGCAGAGAAGAUGUUUUUGCGUGCCAAUGAAGCAGUCAUUGCCCAACUCAAAGAUCCACGGGCUGUGUAUAUGGUAGAAAGUUGUAAUCGAGAUUCUUCAGAAGCUUCUGCACCUUCCAUUCUUCGCGGUACCGAACUGGAUUUUAACGUAAUUCUCUCAGAUAUCAAGCUUGUGCAUAAUGACGCUCCUCAAGAUUCUAGUGCAAAAACAAUAACGUGCAGUGACUUUUGUUUGAAAGGAAAAUCUGCAUCAAAGGUGAUUUCCGCUGAGAAUGCAGAUACGAUCCAAGUGAGUGUUCUGCUUAAUAGGUCACAGAAAUCCCUGAAGCCCGCAGCACCCGUUGCAGAAUAUUUUCCAGCUUUGGAUAAAGCUAAAUUUGUUGUCCUGGACUUUGAGCUAGAUGUGCUGUGCUACGCAGACAAGGAUCUGUCACUAAUAUAUGCUGUUUCAAAGUUAAUAAUCCCUGGGUUAAUCAAUCAGAUAUAUACAAUGAAGAAAGCAAUCUCACCCUAUCUCCUAGCACAACAUCCACAGCUACAUUCAUACCAUUUUAAUCCACCUGGACUUUUGCAUCCAAUAACUGUUGUCUAUGAACUCAAUUAUGGGGAGACAGAACUGAAGCAAGUUGAAGUCAGACGAUCCUUACACUUAAGGCUAGGGCUCCCUUAUGAUCGUCCUCUUCUAAGAGUUGCUAAUGCACUUGAUUUCUCUAUGGUGAAGGAUAGCUCGGUGGUCAAAUCAAGAAGAAAAGGUUCUUUUUUGCUGAAAGAUGUGCAUAUUGGCAUCCCAAGCAGUGGCGUCUCGGGAGGAGUUGUCUCUCUAGUUCAAGGCUCUUAUGACUACCAUCACUAUCUUCAAGACGGUUUUGAUGACUCGGGCUGGGGUUGUGCUUACCGCUCUCUGCAAACUAUCAUUUCAUGGUUUAGACUUCAGCACUAUACUGCCAUCGAAGUUCCUUCUCACAGGGAAAUACAGCAAUCACUUGUGGAGAUUGGAGAUAAAGAGCCAUCAUUUAUUGGAUCGCGGGAUUGGAUUGGUGCUAUUGAGUUGAGCUUUGUUUUGGAUAAGCUUUUGGGUGUAACUAGCAAAAUUAUGAAUGUGAGAUCAGGAGCUGAACUUCCUGAAAAAUGUCGAGAAUUGGCUUUGCACUUUGAGACUCAAGGAACACCAAUUAUGAUUGGUGGCGGUGUUCUUGCAUAUACAUUAUUGGGAGUUGAGUACAAUGAGGGCAGCGGAGAUUGUGCAUUUCUAAUUCUAGAUCCUCACUAUACCGGUAACGAUGAACACAAGAAAAUUAUUAACGGUGGAUGGUGCGGAUGGAAGAAAGCUGUUGAUAGCAAAGGGAAGAAUUUCUUCUUGCAAGACAAGUUUUAUAAUCUUCUCCUGCCACAAAGGCCCAACAUGGUAUAAUACAAAGUUACGUUUCUACCGAACUGACGCACAAACAGAAGUUUUGCUUGCAGUGAGAACGAUCAAAAUGUAGUUACCAAGCCAUGGUAACGAUCUAGCUAUUUCUUCUUUAAAAUUGCUCCUCUAGGUAGUAUGGAGAGUUCUACUGUGGAUGUAGUGAGGUGCUUCAAAUAGAGUAUGUAGCUUUAAUUUUUAUAGAGUGCUUAAAUAGAACUAUCUCAUGGCUUUGAAAUCGGAAUAUUUUUACCUGUAUUAAUAAGGGAUAAUUACUGUUA